UACUGCGCAGUAUUUAUAGUGUGAUUGACGCUAGAGACAUCACUCUGCCGCUGCGCCAACUAGACCUCCGUCCUGUCAUUUCUCUGACCAAAAACAAAACCCUGAGCCUCUGGAAACAUGGCUGACAAACCUGAUGUCACAGAAGUCACAACCUUUGACAAGACCAAGCUGAAGAAGACAGAGACUCAAGAGAAAAACACAUUGCCAACCAAAGAGACCAUUGAACAGGAGAAGACGGAGUCAUCAUGAAGACUGGUCCUCUUGUGCACUGUACAUUCCACAAGCCUUGCCGUUUUUUUUUUUUUUUUUUUUUUUUUUUUUUUUUUCUUCAACCUUUUCAACAUGUAUUCCAAGCUGCAGAACUUACUAAUUGACAAAACGUUGGCUGUGCAACCACACACCACUCACUUGCCUAGAUGUC